AUGGUGUAUUUCGUAUGUCCAACCGUGUUGAUAUGACAAAGGCCUGAUGAGUGGUGAAGUGGAUACUUAAGCUGUGCUUUCAAUAUAGCUAAAACGCUUAGAAAUAGACAACGUUUUCUCCCAUCCACUUUUCCAAACUUCAUUUCAACCACUUGGCAGUUGAUUGGUGUAGUUUUGUUCAUCAUGUCAGACCUCAAAGUGAGUUUCCAAUAUCUUUCUGAGUAGACUAUUGUUUUGAGCAGAUCUGCCCACACGUUCUUUUGCUGGGUUUUGUAUACCAUCGCCCAUUUUGAUAUCAAAGUUCUUCAAGAAACAAACUAAAUCGUGGGUUCUGCAGGCCACCGUCUCAGAGACGAAAACUUCCUCAGGACACAACGGAUUCCACGUAGAAGGGUACGAAAAGAUCGAAUAUGACUUUACAUUCAUCGAUGGGGUUUUCGACAUUAAAAACAAUAACUUGGCUCAAUGCUACAACAAAUGGGGAAGAUGUUUGGCAGUCACAGAUAUGAACAUUCAUGAUAUCUAUGGCAAAAAAAUGAAGGCAUACUUCAAACAUCAUGCCAUCGACCUCACAAUCCACCAAACCAAAAUCGGAGAGAAGGCCAAGACAAUGCCCACCCUUCUGAGCAUUGUUGACUCAAUGAAUGAGUUUGGAAUCUAUCGCAAGGAACCUGUCCUGGUCGUUGGUGGAGGGCUCGUUACAGAUGUUGCUGGGUGGGUUUCUAUCUCUCUAUUCUCUCGUAGGUUGCAUCUCAAGCUGAUCUGAAUAGAUUCGCUUGUGCUGCAUACAAGAGAAACACGAAUUUUAUUCGAGUUCCUACUACUGUCAUUGGGCUUAUUGAUGCUGCCGUCUCUAUCAAAGUUGCUGUCAACUACGGCAACUACAAGAAUAGAUUGGGUGCUUACCAUGCUCCGAUUCAUACCUUCUUGGAUUUCACCUUCUUGCGAACACUCCCUACGGCCCAGAUUCGAAACGGUUUUGCCGAAUUGAUCAAGAUUUCAACAUGCGCUCACCUUGAUACAUUCAACCUUCUUGACAAAUAUGUAAGCACUCCCAUGCCUUUCUCGCUUCAGAAGGUCACAGGUGCUAACCAAGAAUUAGUGCGAAGAACUUAUCGAAAAGUCAUUCGGCCGCGCUGAUGGGUCUUCCCAAGAGCUCAUCGAUGCCGCAGACGCAAUCAACCGUGAUGGAAUUCAUGUCAUGCUGAAGCUCGAAACACCAAACCUCCACGAGAUUAACCUCGACCGAGUAAUUGCAUACGGUCAUACAUGGUCGCCACUCCACGAACUUGUUCCAGAAACCCCACUGCGUCACGGCCACGCAAUAAGCAUCGACAUGGCAUAUUCGGCGACCUUAGCAAACAUGCGAAACCUCAUCAGCGACGAGGAGCACCGAAGAUUACUCGACCUAUUCUCCAGAGCUGGAUUGUCAAUGGACCAUCAUCAAUUCAAUGAAGAAGUUUUAGAAAAAGCUACCAAUGCCAUUCUGAGAACUCGCGACGGCAAACUGCGCGCUGCGGUACCAAACCCAAUUGGUUCUUGUGUGUUCUUGAAUGAUGUAUCGGCUCAAGAAAUGAACGAGGCUUUGAAAAGGCACAAGGAAAUUAUGAAGGAGUAUCCCCGAAAAGGAGAGGGAUUGGAGGCCUACGUUGAUUCUUCUGACACUGGGUACACCGAGCUUGCGAAGUCCGAGGAGGAGCUGAUCUUGGAAAAGGCAGGAAUGAAGGCAGGAAUGCUAAACGGUACUAACGGCCAUGUAACCAACGGACACGCAACUAACGGACACUUAACCAACGGGCGUGCAACCAAUGGAAACGCAACUAAUGGACAUACUAACGGGCAUGUAAAUGGACAAACUAAUGGACACACAAACGGACACACCAAGGCUACUAAUGGGCAUACAUUGGGAACCAACGGUUUCGGCAAUGGUCUUCCCAAUUGA